AUGGCUGCACUCGUCCAAGGCUACCCCCAGCAGUCUGGGACUGUCACGGUGCUGCAAACACGUCCCUCGUCGGCCUCAGGAAUGCUGCAGUCACUUGCGGCUCAACCAGUGACACAGUAUGUACCUGGUGGUUCCCACAGGCAUAGCAUCCACGGACUUCCGUCCGCAACCACCACGCACGUGGUUUACCGAGGAGGCGCGGCCACCGUUCAACAACCGUACGCCCUGAACAACGCACCUCUUUUUGACCCUUUGGCAUCGUGGCAGCCACCAAGGGCGCAGCGGACGUCGUCUUCGCCAGCAGUCCCCACUAUCCAGCAAUUUGACUACCUGCAGCCCGCUGCGGGCCGUUCCCGCUAUUCGGCCAGCGUGUCCAUGACAAACCUGCCCAGCACUGCGAACUACGGUUUGCAUAGCGGCGCUGGCUCCCGCGAUGACUCGGGCUUGCCGGUUCCCGGCGCGAGGAGGACUGCUGCCGCACCACGAUCCUCCCACACAAACAACGGGGCAUCGUCCCAACCGUCGCUUGCUCCAGCAGCCCCUAUUCGGGCGACCCCGGAGAGAUAUAGGCGAACAGCGCUGCGUGCGGAUUCGAACAGCUCGUCAACCACACCAUCUGGCUCACAACUACGGCCAGUACCCUCUGCCAUGGCAAACCGGCCAAAUAGUUUUGUCGGUUCCGUAUCGGGUUCAGCGGUGGAUGAUAGUGCAUUUGCCCAGGGCCAGCACGAAAUUAAGAGGGUCCGCCGGCGCAGCAUGCCAGCGUUGGAUUCUCCCGGAUUCCCCCUCCGUCCGACCCCGCACGACCUCCAGCAGCAGCACCAGCAACUGCUGCAGCCGGAAGACAUUAAUCGCCCCAAGAGCGCUGAUUUGGGGGACAAGGCUGGAAAAACUGGCAAUCAUUUGGCUGCCGACAAAACGAGCAAUGAUGAGCGGCCCGCGAGCAGCCGAAGUGCUGGGGCAAAUGUUGUCGCCCCCUCUUCUUCUUCUGCCAACCCUGACCCCACCGUUAACCCCACCAUGCCUGCUUCCCCGGAACAUGCUGCUCUUUCCCAACCGGAUUCCGCAUCUCUCGCCAAUGUUCCACCACCGACUUUACCGACCGAUGCCGCCAACGCCAACGCCAGCCGCACCGCCAAACCGUCGCCCCUUUCAACACCCGCGGCUAUGGAUGCGGCGGCGGAAACUAGCCAGCCCGUAGAGGGCACCGAGCCCGUUGCGCAAGAAGCGCCGUCGACACCUCGUUUCGAGAGUCCGGCAGUUAGGCAAUUAACGGCGAUUAACGAGAAGCGCGGGCGGCCUAAGAGCAAGACGUCGCGACUCCGGAGGGCGUUUUCAUUUGGCAGUGCUUCCGAAUUUCGCAAGGCUGCAGGCGAGGCAGAAACUGCGGAGAAUGGCGCUGCCAAACUCCAAAAGGACCGCAACCCUGACGAGGCCUAUGACGAGGAGCAAGCGCGGAUCGCUGAACGGCAAGAAGCUGCCGGCAUUGGCAACAACAUUUACGCUGGAGGACGGUUUUUCCAUGGCUCGACCGACAAUCUGUCCAUUUCUUCGACUGCCUCCUCGGCUUCUAUUAUGAUCCGCAAGAUGGGUCGUGGAAUGAAGAAAGGCACGCGAUCGCUUGUUGGCCUCUUCCGGCCCAAGUCUGUCGUCGGCGUACCACCACCCGAUGCGAUUCCAGAGAGCCCGCAGCCCGCCGUGUCUAUGAUCACUGCCGAGGCCGAGCGGGAGCUUGUCAACGUCAGCGCCGACCCCAAGGCGCAGGGUGGUGGCACUGGAUUUCCCCGCUUGGAGCGGAACUCGAUCGAUGCAGCCAAGGUGCCGGUGCCCGAGCCGGAGCGCGUGGGGAGCUCAGGAACGGACAGCACUGGGCCGCGUAAGAGCAUCGUUGGAGGUGAGAAGGAACGUGCUGAGGUCCUUGCCGCUGUUCGGAAGGGUAUUCUGAAGCAUCGUACAGGCUCUUCGAGCCCCUCGCCCCGGCCGUCGGACGCUAAGACCUCCGCUUCUGAUCUCCCGAGCGUGCCCUCGGUGACAGAUUCUCCUAGCUCCACCGCCCCGAGCACGCCUAAUGAGGAUUCGCAAGGUCACCGGCGGACAGGGACUGUGACGAUUGGCAGCGAGGAUUACUUCGUUUCGGCUCUCCGGCUCCGCCAAGACAGCAAGAGCUCGCCGGGUACUCCCCAGAGCGUCGUCAAGCGCAACGCUACCUUCAGUCCACGCCUCGCCUUCUUUGAGACGUGGCCCAGCCAGGAGUAUGACCGGCGCGGCGAGAUAGCGACUUGCAACCGUCUCACCCCGAUGCUGGCUCAGCAGAUCAAGGAGGAGCUGAACACCUUCAAGAUGGAAAUGGAGGUUCACGAAAACUCGAAGAUCUACACGCACUUCUUCUAA